AGAGGUAGAAAAUGGAAAAAUAGAAAAACUGAAACCCUACAUUGUCUCACACCUUUGAAAGGGGUCACAACAUUCUCCUUCUCUCUCUCCCUGAAUUCUUCUCCUUGAGGACUGAAGAGUCGUCUCUCUAGAUAUAUAUAUUUCUACACAAUUCUAUAUAUGGUUAAAGGUAAAUAGGGGGAAUAGAAUCAAAGGAUGGCGGCAGAUAAUUCAGCUACGGCGUCCAGUAGUAGAUCUGGCGGCGGUGGCGGAGCAUCGGCGGACUCGUAUAUAGGCAGCUUGAUAAGCUUGACUUCCAAGAGUGAGAUCAGAUACGAAGGUAUUCUUUACAACAUCAACACUGAAGAGUCCAGCAUCGGCCUCCGUAACGUGAGAUCAUUUGGAACAGAAGGACGAAAAAAGGAUGGUCCACAAGUCCCUCCUGGUGACAAAAUUUACGAGUACAUACUGUUUAGAGGAAGUGAUAUCAAGGAUCUACAGGUAAAAUCUUCUCCGCCUGUUCAAAGUACACCACCCAUAAACAGUGAUCCAGCCAUUAUUCAGUCUAAUUAUCCUCUUCCAGCAACCGCAUCCACAAGCUUGCCUCCAGCUGUUACUGGGUCUUUGACAGAUCUUGGUUCCAAUUCUACUCAGUCGGGACACCCUGGGUCAACUUUCCAAACUGGUCUGCCUUUAUAUCAACCGGGAGGGAACUUGAACUCUUGGGGGCCUUUUCCACCAAAUGCUAAUGGAAGUGGGUUAGCUAUGCCAAUGUAUUGGCAGGGAUUCUAUGGUGCACCAAAUGGGCUCCCUCAACUGCCCCAGCAGUCCUUGCUUCGGCCACCUCCUGGACUGUCAAUGCCUCCGUCCAUGCAACAGAUGCCAUAUUCUGAUUUCAAUGCAUCUUUACCGGCAGGAGGAUCGAGCUUUCCAGGUUCUAAUUUGCCGGAAUAUCCUUCUCCCUUGAUUCUUAACAGCACUGGUUCUGCUAGUUUAAGCUCUGCUUCUUUACUUUCUUCAACUUUGUCUUUGAGUGUUCCUCCACUGCAGUCUGUAUCACCAGCAUCUGUAUCAAUGCCGAAUCCAAUUCCAAACAAAGCUCCUAUUUCAGCUAUCCCUACAUCAACACUGAGUUCUAGCUUGCCAACUUUGACUCUGAUGUCUUCAACAAUUCCUGACAAUGCUGGAAUGUCUUCGGUUGCUAGCAAAUCUAGUGCAAUAUUCAGCCCAGCAGCCUUGCCUCAUCAGACCAUGUCUCAGCCUCCGACAUCUGUUUCUGGGACAUCAAGAUCAGUUCUAGCAGAAACACCCACCCCUUCACUUAUAACCCCCGGUCAGCUGCUGCAAUCUGGACCAGCUAUGGUUCCUUCAACACUAAAUUUGCGGACAGCUCAGAAGGAUGUGGAAGUAGUUCAAGUGUCACCAAAGCCAUCUCCAGAACCGCCAGUUUCAGUUGCAACUGAAGCUCAGCCACCAAUUCUACCUUUGCCUCCAAGCACAAGAUUCCAAAAGCCAAAUGGAGCUACUUAUCAGAUGCGUAACAAUUAUGGAGGACGUGGAGGUAGAGGACCCGGACCGGGACCUGCGAGAACACCAGUGGCAAAAUUCACCGAAGAUUUUGAUUUCAUGGCAAUGAAUGAGAAGUUCAAAAAGGAUGAGGUCUGGGGUCAUCUGGGAAAAAGUAACAAAUCCCAGUCGAAAGAUGAGAAUGGAAAUGUCAGUGACGAAGCUGAUAUGCAAGAUGGAGAUGAUGCUGAAUUGCCAAAGAUUGAGCCUGUUUAUAGCAAGGACGACUUUUUCGAUUCCCUUUCUUGUAAUGCACUGGACAAUGGCCCAAAUCAUGGAAGAACUAGGUAUUCAGAGCAGAUGAAGUUAGACACAGAGACUUUUGGAGAUUUUUCUAGGUAUCGAGGGGGCCGAGGAGGUCGGGGAUCUGGUCGUGGUGGUCGUUUUCGAGGCUCUUAUCAUGGAAGGGGUUAUGGGCGAUAUGGCUAUGUUAGUAGAGGACGUGGUCGAGGUUUGUAGAAUCGUGUUUCUUGUCAUGCAUUUUAAGAGACUGUCGAAGCUGCUGCCUUAUUGUCGGUAGGCACGAGAAGUGGUUUAGGACUUGCUUGUAUGUUUGCAAUUUCCUUGUGGUUAUUUCAGCAAUAAAAUUAGGAUGUACGGCAUAAUAGUGUCGAUCUUUUACCCACAUUGUUGAAGUUGGAUCUAUUUGCGGUUUAUGUCAAGUUCUCUUAAUUGCAUCA